UGCUCGGAACACUUCCUCCUCGUACCUCCUUAAUGCAGCAAUGAUUCGAGCACCUGCACCUUUCUGCCUACUUUUUGCUAUCACGCUCUUUCACCUUCUUUAGUUCUGCGAUCGGAUCCUUGCAGUGGCUUCUUCUGCAAUGCUAGAAUGGGCUGCCUCCCUGUUAGGAACACUUCUACUCCUGCUUUUCUUAUCCUAUAAGACGUGGUGCAUUAACACUUUAAGGACAGUCGUCUCUUCAAAGCCCCUGGAAGGGCUGGAUGAUCACAAAUUGAUCUACAAGCCAUCAGCUCUAGCAAACUACCUGGUGAAACAGUGCAAGACUUUCAGUGGCUUUACGAAAGUUCAUUGGCUAUGGAGGACCUUUCCAAACCUGCAGACCUUGGUGGGGGUCCUGGGUCCAGUGGACAAAGGGGUUCAUUUUGUAAGAGAGCAUCUUCAGCUCAGUGAUGAUGGGCUGGUGGCGCUGGACUGGGCAGUGAAGCCUGGACAUCAGCAGAAGAGAAGGAGAGCCUCCAGUAACUCAUCUGUACCUAUUUUACUGGUCAUCCCAAACUCAAUUGGCAAGAUCACUAGGAACACCAGUAAGAUGUGCCACUUGGCCCUUACUCAAGGGUAUCAGGCAGUUAUCUUUAAUCGUCGGUGCCAAAAUGGUUGUCCAUUAAACACAAUCAAGCUUCAGCCCUACGGGGACCCUAAUGACCUACGAGAAGCUGUACGCUAUAUCCGUCACUGUCAGCCCUCAUCUCGGCUGUUUGCAGCAGGGGAAGGAACGGGUGCUGGGCUACUUCUGUCCUACCUGGGCGAAUGUGGCUCAUCCAGCUACAUCACAGCAGCAGGCUGCAUCUCUCCACUGUUUCGCAUGCAGGACUGGUUUGAAGCUGGCUGUCCUUGGCUGUGGAGAAACCUAAUACUCUUGUAUCAAAAGAUCCAACUAAGCAGGUAUGUUACUGCCUUGGGGCAAAUAAUAAAUACUGACAAACUUUUUGGGAGCAAAACUUUGCAGGAGCUGGAAGAGGUGUUGUUCUGCCAAACUAAGGUUUCUGGCAAUCUGUCAUGGGAUUCCUACUGGGAGAAAAAUGAUCCUCUCAGAGACAUUGAUGAAGUUGCUAUUCCAGUGCUUUGUAUCUGCAGCCAAGAUGACCCAAUACGUGGAGACCCAAACAACACUGUUCCCAUUGAGCUGUUUGAGACAAACCCCCAUUUCUUUCUGCUGCUUACUCGCCAUGGUGGCCACUGUGGAUUUAUUAAAGAGGACAUGGCCAGUACUAUAUGGAGUCACAGUGCUUUAUUAGAUUUUUUUAAGUCUGCUGUGGAUUUCUUUGUGAUGGAAGAAAAGUUGAAAGGUCUGUCCAGGAGGAAAAGAAAAGUCUCCAUCUCUCUGAACAGAAUGGCCCCAGACAGAACUUGUAGGAACGAGCAAAGCUGCCCUCAUAACAUUCAUGAAAUUUAUAACUGGCAAAGAUCUUAUACAAGAUGACAGAAGCUAUAGUGAUCAAACUCUAUGCCAAGGUGGUAAGGCUUCUGCCUUUCCAAACAUAUGCAUCUAUCAACCUUUGGUCAGCAUCACUGACGGUCAAAUGGCAUCUCUGCUGGAAGCUAGCAAAAUUGACUCGCCUCUUAAUUUAUUGGGAUGACAAAUAAAAUAUUUUAUUUCUCAAUCAACAGACUGUUGCCAGAGCCAAAAAAAAUAUGUGGUUCGGAGCUGGUGAUUUUCCCCAGACUUUAAGGCUUUAAAAUAGUUGGGUUGUGUAUAUUUAAUGUGUAUUUUGUAACUGUGUUGUCAUUAAAGAUUGUAAAGACAUAGAUACGAGUGGGGUGCUAAUAUAUAAACUGCAUUAAGUGCUCACUAUACUGUCGGUGAUGUUAUCAAUAACAAAAGACUAUAAGCCA